CCCAACUCAAAGGGCUUCUUCCAUUUUUCUGUGCCCUAAUUUUGAAGCCAUGGACGAUUUUGCAGAAGAGCCUAACCAGGGCUCGAGCUCUUUCAUCCGAAGCGAAGUAUUUGCUCAACUCAACCCACUGUGCACUGAAACCCUAGAACUUCUUCAGAAACCUCACAGUAAUGGAGCUCCGCUUUUUGCACUGAUUGAUUAUGUCCGGAAUGCUCCUCCUGAUUCUUUGCAGUCAUGCUUUGACUAUGUCCUAUUUCCCUUGCUGCUUCUCCUUGAUGCUGCCAUUCGUUGCAGGUCAUCUUCUAAAGGUGACCCAAAUAAAAACAUAGGAGUGGACAUGGCUCCCUGUACAAUCAGUGAUAGGGUGGCAGAAGGUGUGUUGCAGUGUUUGGAGCAAGUUUUAAAGAAGUGCCAUUUGGUUUCUGUGAAUCAGAUGGUUGUGGUCUUGAAGAGUUUGACAAAUGGGGCUUUGCUUCCACCAUCUGAUUCUUCAGAAGAAUUUAGGGAAGGAAUAAUCAAGUGCUUGAAAGCAUUGCUUCUUGGGCUACGUCCAUGCUUUAUCAAAACUUGCACAUGUAAAUCAACUCCUGGUUUGCCUUUACUAGUAUCAAACACGGAACUGAAAGCCUAUUUUGAUCGUCAUAUGAAAUUUCAAACUGAAGGUGAAGAGUGUUUGAUUUCAUUUCUCCAGUCCCAAGAUGCUUCUGCUGCAGUUGGACACUGGUUGUCCCUGCUUCUCCAAGCUGCAGAGACUGAAGCUGUGAGAGGUCAUGUGGGAAGUGCCAAACUUCGUGUUGAAGCCUUUUUAACCCUGCGUAUACUCAUCGCUAAGGUUGGCACUGCUGAUGCAUUGGCUUUCUUUUUACCUGGAGUUGUUAGUGGCUUUGGAAAAGUUUUGAAUCGCUCAAAGAUCAUGAUUAGUGGGGCAGGUGGAAGUGUUGAAAGUAUUGAUCAUGCAGUAAGAGGCUUGGCUGAGUUUCUAAUGAUCGUGUUUGGGGAUGAACCAAAUCUUAAUGGUUUGGGCAUAUCCAUGAAUGUUCUUAAAGAGCUCCGUCCAUGCAAAGAUACUUCUGUUGAGUCAGUGUUGGCGGCUCUUCGUUCUUUACACCCGCAAACUGAUAACCUGAACAGUGUUAACAUGGCCAAAGAAAUUGAAUCUAGGAAGAGCACUGCUGAUGCCCUUCAACACAUGGCCCCUCUUCAUGUGCAUCGCUCAAAGGAAUGGAUUGAAAAAACUGCUGAGCACAUAGAUACCUUGGUAUCUGCAACAUUUCCUCAUCUGUGUGUCCAUCCAGCACAGAAAGUCCGCUUGGGGCUUGUGGAUGCCAUGCAAGGAUUAUUGACUAGAUGCCUCUACACGCUAGAGAAGACCAAGUUUAUACUUUUGGAAUGUUUAUUUGUUUUGGUUUGUGAUGAUUACGAUGUUGUGGCCUCAGCUGCUCGGAAUUUUUUAGCAUUCUUGUUCUCAAUGAAUGAAAGAUACCUAAAGGAAAAUGAUAUUGCAGAGAUCUUGAGCAGGCUUAUUGAGAAACUGCCGAGGGCAGUGCUUGGAAGUGACAUCAGUGGUGCAGUGUCUCACGCCCAAAGAUUGCUUGCAGCAAUUUUUUUUGUUGGUCCGAAGCGUGUGGUUGACCACAUUCUUCAUACACCAUUCUCAAUUGCUCGUUUGUUGGAAUCUCUGGCAAUGUCCGUGAGUCACAACUCUGCAUUUGCCAGUUCUAUGGAUGAGCUGAUUUUAGCAAAGCCCUCUGCAGGAUACUUGCACUCCAUUUCUGAAUUGAAAGCUGAUUAUAGCUGGACAAACGCCAAUAAGGCUUUGAUGAUUGUUAGUUCAGAUGAAAUUUCCAAGUCAUUCAAUUCUCUAAAGAAAGGGUCUGAAGUUCCUUUGGAAGUUGCAUGUGCAGAACAUCUACUUCCAAGAAUGCCUCCUUGGUUUGUUCAUGUUGGCGGACCUAGACUUUAUCACACGCUUGCAGGAAUAGUUAGGCUUGUCAGUUUAUCAGUGAUGGCAGAUUGCGGAUGUGAAAUGUCUUUAUCCACCCUGACUGAUGUUCCAUUGGAGGAUAUCCACACAUUGAUCUCAGAGCUUCGAAUAAGGGAAUAUGGGAAAGAAGGGUGGCAGGCUUGGUAUGCAAGACAUGGGUCUGGGCAGUUACUGCGUAAAGCAAGUACUGCAGUGUGUCUUCUGAAUGAGAUCAUUUAUGGCAUAUCAGAUGAAUCUGUCAAUUUAUACAAAAACUUGUUUAGAAUAUCUGAGAACAAAGUAAGUGAAAGAUGGGAAGAGGAGAUUGGAUACAGUGACAAUUUAGCUGACGGCUCUGGGAAAGGAAUUCAUUCAACAGUUAUUGAUCCAUCAGUGAAUUGGAUGAUUUGUGAAGGAGGAGAAACUAGGAGGCAUAAAAUUGAUUGUGUUGGCAGCAUUUUACAUGAAUAUUUAUCGCCUGAAAUUUGGGAUCUUCCAUUAGAUCAAGAUUCUCCUCUUUUAGUUUGGGGCGCUGGUGCAGAAGACCUGGAUUUGCAUUUUUUCCAGGAUGCUGCUAUGCUUCAACAGGUUAUAGUCGAUGGCUUAGGCAUAUUUGGAAUAUCACUAGGUAAAGAUUUCGAGAGAAGUGGGUUCCUACAUUCUUCUCUAUAUUUAUUGCUGAAGAAUCUUAUUUGUUCUAAUGAUCAAGUCAAGAGUGCUUCUGAUGUUGUGCUGCAGACCCUUUCUUCUUCAACUGGUCAUACCACGGUCAAAAGCUUGGUUGUGGGGAAUGCAGAUUAUGUAGUUGAUUCUCUAUGUCAGCAGUUGCGCCAUGUGGAUCUUAAUCCUCAUGUUCCUGAUGUGCUUGCUUCCAUGCUUUCCUACAUUGGAAUGGCCCAUGAAAUUUUGCCAUUGUUGGAGGAACCGAUGCGGUCUAUUUCAUCAGAGCUAGAGGUUAUUGGGAGGCAUCAACACCCAGAGUUAACCAUUCCAUUUCUGAAGGCAAUACGAGAAAUUGGGAAAGCAGCGAUGCAUGAAAGUGUUUUAGUGGCCAAUGAGUCUCAAGAAUAUUUUGUGCAUGUCAAAUCAGAUAUAAAGGGUUUAGAUAAAAGGACGAGUGAGGUUACCAUACAAAAUGAUGGAUCCCCGGAUGCUGAUGGUAGCGGUCCCGAAACAUUGUCAUCUCAGGAAUCAAUGGAUAUGAAGUCCAGUAUUGAUGCAGAAGUAGAGCAUUGGGAAGACUUGCUAUCCAAAUUGAAUGACUUUAGAAGAUACAGACGCUCAGUUGGAUCUGUUGCUGGCUCGUGCAUAUCAGCUGCCACUCCACUCUUGGCUUCAACGGAAGAGGCAUCUUGUCUGAUAGCUCUUGAUGUAAUCGAGCUAGGGGUUGCUGCUCUGGCAAAAGUAGAGGAAGCUUUUAGGCAUGAAAGAGAAACAAAGGAAGCGAUUAUCCAAGUGAUUCAACGCAGUUCAUUUUAUGAUCUUCAAGACACUGUUGAUGCGACAAAUGAAGGAGAAGCUGAUGAGAAUAGACUGCUUCCAGCAGUGAACAAAAUAUGGCCUUAUUUGGUUCUCUGCGCUAAACAUAAAAAUCCUGUGGUUAUCAAGAGAUGCUUGCUUGUGGUCAGCUCGGUGGUCCAAACUUGUGGUGGAGACUUCUUUAUCCGUAGAUUCUUCACUGAUGGCUCUGCAUUCUGGAACCUCUUAAUCUCUGCACCAUUCUCUCCAAAACCCAAGAGAAAAAACGAAGGACCCAUAAUGCUUCCAUAUAGAAAACCAACUUCUCUCUCUCCAGAGCAUGAUUCAAUGGCCGAAAUCUCCAGCCUUAAGGUUAAAGAGUCAAUCCUUAAAAUGAUAACAGACAUCAGUAAGAAUAAGAAGAGCGCUCGAGCCUUAGAAGGUGUGUUUAGAAAGGUUAGUAGUCUCAUUGUAGGGGUGGCUUGUAGCAAUGUGGCUACUCUCCGAGGAACUGCCAUUGAUGCACUCCGCAGGCUUUCUGGCAUUGAUCCCGACUUUGUUUGGCUACUUCUAGCUGACAUUGUCUACUCGUUAGAACAGAAGGAUGAACAUCCUUCUCCACCCUCCCCAGACUUAGCGGAGGUUUCCCAGUUGUUGCCCCCACCAUCUUCUGCUAAAGAGUAUUUGUAUGUACAGUACGGGGGAGAGAGAUUUAGUGUUGAUGUUGAACUUUCUAGGGCAAAGGAGGUGUUUCAGAAGUUGAAUCAAGAAUCUCCAGCCUUGUAUAUGUACAUUAACGGUUAAAUAUACUAGGUUAGAUGUUCUGCUUGGUACUUUUAGGGCGAGAGUGUUUGCUUUUUCACAUGUGUUCUCAAUUGUGUUUGAUGUUGAGGUUUGAUGGGAGGUGUCUAUUGUCUGCCAUUGCCUCUCGAUUUGAGAAACUGCUAUCAAGAGGGGGAGAGAGAGAGGGAGGGAGAAGGAGAAGAACGGGGGAAUUGGUCCCAGAGAGGGAGGGAUGGUUGGAGAGAGAGGUGUCUUGUAAUGACUUCUUUGUGGAUUGAGGAUCUGAGACCGUCCUAGACACUUAUGAGUCCAUUUCUGUCUCAAAGAAUUGGAUGUAGAGUUCUUAGAAUAUUGUAUAUUUGAUGGAUCUAGCUCCAUUGAAAUGGAUAGAUUAGAUCAGAUGUGAGGUAGUAAUCAAGAUGGGAUAUUUUUGAGGCUCCAUGUUCAAUUUUUCAAGAGUCUCGGUCUUAGAUUGGAUCUGCAAAUUCCGGGGCCUCAUAUCAGAUUUUUAUCAAGAUCAUGAAGAUUUUUAUCAAGAAUUAUGAUCUUGGGGUUUUCUUUUUAUUAGUGAUAUACUGGAUACAUAUAAACCAAAGUCUUGUGCACAAUCUGCUGAAUUUAUCCAACAAUCUUUUUGUGGGUUGAUGUCCAAGUAGAACUGCUCAAGGAAACACUUAAAAGGUACUAUGGAGAUACACCCUUCAUGUGUAACAGGCCCUGGCUCCAUCCUCAAACUCAUCGAUGAAUGAUUGAGGUGAGCAUAAGCACAUAGACAAAUGACAUUAUUUACACCAUACAUUACCUUAUAGUUUCAUUUUUGUAGGAGAGAAGCACAAAACAAUGUCCUUUUCUUGGACCUGUUAUAGAAUCAUGACACAUUUGAGAGA